AUGGAUAGAAUUUCCGAAAAUGCGUGUGAAUUUGCAUACCGUCGUCAUUUGCGCAGGCGAGCUGCGGGACCGAGCCGAUUAGAAAUAUUAAAGGCGAGUAUCAAGACGGUUAGCAAAGAGUACUGCGAGGAGUCAUCGAUUUGCGGGUUGAAGCACCUCGUUGACGAGAACACUCCGGUAAUUGAAAGGAUCAUUUGGAGCAUAACAAUAGUAGUUGGACUAAUUGGCUCCGUAUCACUGGUGUGGGUGACUUUCAACAAGUACUAUAGCGCGCCUCUGGUGACCACGCAGUCUCCUGAGGGUGUCUCCGUGAGCGAAAUACUAUUUCCAGCCGUUGGAAUCUGCACGAACAAUAGGAUCAGUAAACGUGCUGCUACAGACCUUGCUAAGCGUUUACUGAAAGCGGAACGCAACAAAAAUUACACAGAAGACCAGAUGAUGUCCCUACUCUACGGCUUGGGUCAGUUAUACUGGCUAGGAUCAGACAUCAAAAAGGAGUCGACAAUGGAAUUGCACUAUGCUCUCGGCGAAUAUGAUGUUCACACCCUCAUGCGCAGUUUAACACCGAAGUGCGAGCAUCUAUUGGUGAGCUGUGUUUGGGACACAUCUCCGGUGCAUUGUCUGAAGUUAUUCGACUUUCGGCUUACUAUGAACGGCUACUGCUGCACUUUCAACUACUUGCGACUGUACGACUCUAUAUUUCAAGAUAAAACAAGCAACACGAGAACAAUAAAUAUGUACAGAUACGGCAACAAAUCAUCGUUUGAUUUUGAUCAAGGACUUAAAGUUUUGCUACGUCUUAAUGAAAGUGAUGAUUUCUUCUACAACAUACCGUUGCAAGGAGCGCAGUUGCAGUUCUCUGAUGCAUACGACUUUCCCGACUCACCGAGUGGCAGCUUUGCUAUGCAAAUUAUAAGUCCCAGUGUUGAAAUGACGGUAAUGGUAACAGCAAGUAUAACAAAGGCGUCUCGAGAUAUUCAGCACGUUCCGAUAAAAUUGAGGAAAUGUAGAUUCUACGACGAAUCUUCGUAUCUGCCGUUCUACACGUACAGCGACUGUAUGCUGAAGUGCAGAAUGGAAUUCCUAUUGGACAAUUGUAACUGCACGCCGUUCAAUAUGCCCAAGAUGGAAUAUGUUAGGACAUGUAAUAUGAAAGAUGUCCCGUGUUUACAAGAAUAUUAUGCUCAAUCUAUAUCAGUGCGUCCAAAUGUCGACCAUGUGCCUGAUGAAUUAGAGUUGGAAUCAGUUAACGGAGGAAUCUACUGCCCGAUGUGCUACCCAACUUGUUCAAAGACGGAUUACAGUUAUGAUUUCCACAACGUAUUAAUUUAUCCAGAGUACCUCAAUAAUAUACCUAACCAUAAUCGAGAUCCUUGGCUGCAAGGCGUAAAUUAUACCGGAACCUCGCUGGUAAACGUGAGGUAUGCGAGAGAUGUGGCUGACUGCUACGGACAGAAUGUUAUUAUGAAGUGGUUCGAUUUGAUCAGUAACAUUGGAUCCACAUGCGGCUUCAUAACAGGUUUCAGCUUCGUUUCCGUGCUAGAAUUCAUCUACUUCUUCACCAUCAAGUUGAUGCGUGAGAUCCGAAUCAGGCGCCAACGAGUUCAAAACAAUACUAAAGUCGUCUUAGAAUACCAUGGUUCAGGACCCGUAGAGCCUAUGAAACGAUACAGACCUAUAUAUUGGAAUGAAAUAACGCCAGGCUUAGGCCCGAAAUCUACUUAA